AUCAACUAUGAUAAAUAGUAAAGUGAAAUCUGAAUUUUAGCAGAAAUUGUCUUGUUGUUCUGAAUAUGCUUAUAGAGAAGAUACAAACUUUCCAAUUAGAAAUCAGAUGGAAGAUUGUAUAAAAUACUUUGAUAAGAUAAGCACAUUAUUAUAAAGAUAAUUGUUUGGAAGAUGGUACAAGUAGUCUAUUUGCAGUUUUUGAUGGUCAUGGAGGGAUUGAUGUAGUUGAAUACAUUACAAAAAUACUACCAGAAGUAGAUUAAUAAAAAUAUAAGGCAAAGACAUUCUUGAGAGAUUUUAAGCAAUUUAAUGAAUUGAAACCGAAUGAAUAUUUUGAAUAGAUAUUUAAAAAGGUGGAUGAUUAAUUAAAACUAAUAGGAGCAGCUGAAAUAGGGGCAACAUGCUGUUUAACAUUAUUAAGGAGAGAGGAUAAUAAAAGAAAAUGUUAUAUAGCAAAUUUAGGUGAUACAAGAGCAGUGAUGAAUAUAGAUGGUAAAGCAGUUAGAAUGACAGUUGAUCAUAAAGGAACAGAUCCUGGAGAAUAACUUAGAGUGAAGUAAAUAUUAAAUAUGUAAUAAUGUUUAAUAAAGACGGGAAGGUGGUACAAUAGAGAGAGGCAGAGUUAUGGGAAAAUUAGCAGUCACUAGAGCAUUUGGAGAUUUAGAUUUAAAGACUCUAGGAGUAUCAGUUAAGCCUGAUUUAAAAGUUUAAGAAAUUACAUCUCAAUGUAAAUAUUUGAUAAUGGCUUCUGAUGGACUUUGGGAUGUUGUAGAUGAUUAAGUAAUGAAAGUUAUUGAAUUUUCUAGAAAUCUAUUGAUAUAACUAAAGGAUUAAAGAAUUCUGAUGAAAUGACAAAAGAAUUAUUGUAGUUUGCCUUGAAAAAUGGUUCAAGAGACAACAUUAGUAUCUUAAUUUUAAUGUUCUGA